UCUCCGGCGGCUCCAUUGGCGCUGGCCCCCGCAUGGGUGGGCUCCAUUGGCUGUCCAGCUGGCACUGACGUCCCCUCGGAGCCUGGUGGCAGCCGGAGGUAAACAGCCAUGUGCAAUCCAACACUCUAUAUUUAACAGCUGCUGCGGAGAAGCAGACAGGCCGGCAACGGUGGCGGCUCUCCGGGCCGCUCUUGUCUUGGGGGAGCAGGCCCCUGGAGCCAGGCUGGCACUGGCCUUCUCAGGGUAAGCGAGGUCACCAUGCCAGCUUCCCAGAGCCGGGCCCGUGCCCGGGACCGCAACAACAUCCUCAACCGGGCCGAGUUCCUGUCCCUGAACCAGCCCCCCAAGGGGACCCCAGAGCCCCGCUCGGGCAGGAAGGCCUCAGGGCCCUCGAUGCAGCCCCCACCCUCUGGCGAUGGGGCCCGCGAGAGGCGCCAGUCACAGCAGCUGCCCGAGGAGGACUGCAUGCAGCUGAACCCCUCCUUCAAGGGCAUCGCCUUCAACUCCCUGCUGGCUAUUGACAUCUGCAUGUCCAAGCGGCUGGGGGUGUGUGCUGGCCGGGCUGCGUCCUGGGCCAGCGCCCGCUCCAUGGUCAAGCUCAUUGGCAUCACAGGCCAUGGUAUCCCCUGGAUCGGGGGCACCCUCCUCUGCCUGGUGAAGAGCAGCACCCUGGCUGGCCAGGAGGUGCUCAUGAACCUGCUCCUAGGUGAGUGUGCCCAUCUGCCAUCACCAGCCACUGUCAGGCCCACCUCUGGAAGCCAGCCCCACCUUCCAGGACCAGGUGGGCCCCCAGAAAUGGGCUGGACUGGUCUAAUGAGAUUAAGCGGGAAGGGUGCCCCAGAAAUAGGCAGAUCUCCAGCUUGGGAAGCCAGGGCUGGUCCCCUGCAAAGUGGAGGCCUCGACCAUGUGGAGGCCAGUGGGCACCUGUGGGGGCCUGUUCUCAGCACACUCUGAGACACUCUGUCUCACUGUCCAGCUUGAAGGGAGGCUGGGGCUGGGGGCAGUGACCGCAAGGGCUCCCAGGGUGUCCUGAAGCAGAGUUACCGUGUAGCCCACACCCACAGUUGGCUCUUGCUCCUUAAGGCUCACGGGCAGCGUCUGCGAGCCCAAUCCCCACUGCUUGGUUCAGGUACUCUACAAGCUGCCCUAGAUUCUACCACAGGCUCUGAGGGCCCAGGGGAUCCUGUCUGUGCCUCCCUCCCACUAAGAGCCUCCUGGGAUUCUUACCUGCCCCGUCCCCAAGGGAGGGAGUCACUGGAGAAGGGGGCUGGUUCCUGCUUUGAUUUAAUUAAGUCUUUGCCACUAGCCCUUCAGUUUAGCACUGUCCUGUGUCUGUUACCACGUGAGACCCAUGUGGAAGGCAAGGCACUCUGGGCACCUGGAGGUGACACCCAGCCCCUACUUAGCUCACCCUUCUGGCAUAUCCAAGCCCCAGGGAGCUCUGGGAGUCUCCACUUCCACCCAAUCCAGGCCUGUGUUGAUUUCCUCACCGUUCCCAGUGUGGCCAUCAUUCAUGACACAGUCAGAGAGGGAGUGUAGGGGAAAGCAAACAUGAGUUAGGGAUCUUGGUCCCAAAAGGGGUGAGGGUGGGCUGCUGGGAACUUUAGUUCCAGAAGAAACUACAAUGAAACUUUGCAUGUCCCCCAUCAGGUCUCAGAGUCUGGGGCUCGAGUUUAGUGGGUACCAUGUUUAGGGGCCUGGUGAAGUGGAGGUUCUGCCACCAUGGAAGUUGCUCAUUCUUAUUAUUAAGUCAUCAAUUUACUUAUCAUUUUAUCCUGAAUGGAAUCCCAUGAGGCUGGUGGCUCCUGCCACUCCCGUUUUACAGAUUGGGAAACUGAAGUUUGUAGAACUACAGCAGCCCGGCCAAACCUGAGAGCUUGAGCUCUGCACCAGCUCCACCUAACAAACACCUGCGCUCUUUGCAGGAGCCAUCCUAGGGCCCCCAGAGGGAGGGACAGAGCCAGGUGGCAGAGGUGCCUGGCCAGGAGGCCAGGCAGGACCUGCUCCCACGUUUCUCUGGAGCCCACCACAGCCUAUGACUCCAGAAAGCCGUGUUAGGACUCAGGUUCCUGGUGUCACAGGAUGGGGUGGGAGAGUGCCCAGCUUCUCUCUCAGCCCUGGGCUCCACACCCCAUCCGCUCCUUCCUGCCCUUCCCACAUGACGGUGGAGCUGUGAUUUGUUGAGUGUUUGCCUUGUGCCAAGUUUGCGUAAACCAUACUGUCACUUUUGAUCUUCACCAUAACCCUUGAGUGUGGUGGUGUUGUUCUUACCCCAUUUAAAAAGGAGGACACUGAGGCACAGGGCUAUGGCUACCCAAGGUCACGCAGGCAGGCAGUGAUGGAGUCAGGUUCAGAACUGGGCACAGCUCCAGCUUUGCUUUGCAUUUUCCCAAUGAGGGUGAAAGGGAACCAUGUUGGGCCAUUUGGAGAAAGGCAAGGGCCCAGGAAGAAAGCCUCCCACAGCCAGUAGCUGCUCCAACAAGGAGGUAAGCUCCCCAUGGCAGGAGGCAUACAAACAAGUAUCAUCACCAACUAAAGUAGCUCCACUUUCAUCUGCUUUUUAUACAUGAACAUUUGCUUUUAAGAAAGAUUCCCCUGCCCCAGACAUUUA